GUUGCAACACGUGCGCCGCGCUGUUUCGUUUUGUUUUCUUGUAAAAAUGACUAAAAAACAGGCAACUAAACGCAAAGUUAAGGAAUCGAAGCCCACAAAAGAGCAGGCUUCAGUUUCCGAACAGUCAGACCAAGAAGAAGAUGAGGACUUGCUGCAAGCAGUCAAGGAUCCUGGCGAGGACUCAACUGACGACGAGGGCAUAGACCAGGAAUACCAGUCAGACAGCAGCGAAGAUCUCGAAUUUGAGAGCGACGAAGAGGGUAAUUAUUUGGGUCGAAAAGAUAACAACGAGGAAGGGUCUGAAGAAGAAGAGGAGGAGGAGAAAUCAGACAGCGAUGAUGAUGAUGAUGAUGCAAGCGAAAGUAGCGAGAUUGAGGAGAAACCAAGUAGCAGUAAAGCAGCUGCUGCAGCCACCAACAACAAAAAGGGGGAGUCGAAAAAUGUAACCACUCCGAUAACUGAACGUGAUCCCUCAAAGGUGGAAUAUGAGGAUUCGGACACAUCUGACGAGGAGGAUAUACGAAAUACUGUUGGCAACAUACCCAUGCAUUGGUAUGACGAGUACAAGCACAUUGGUUAUGACUGGGAUGCCAAGAAGAUUGUUAAACCGCCAAAGGGCGAUCAAAUUGAUGACUUCCUGCGCAAGAUUGAGGAUCCAAACUUCUGGCGCACUGUGAAGGACCCACAAACAGGACAGGAAGUGUUGCUCACCGACGAGGACAUUGCAUUGAUUAAACGCGUAAACUCGGCACGCAUACCCAAUCCCGAACACAAUGAGUAUGAGCCUUGGAUUGAAUGGUUCACCUCGGAGGUGGAGAAAAUGCCCAUUAAGAAUGUUCCGGAUCACAAGCGUUCGUUCCUGCCGUCCGUGUCGGAAAAGAAGAAGGUCUCCCGCAUGGUGCACGCCCUGAAGAUGGGCUGGAUGAAGACCACCGAGGAGGUGGAACGGGAGAAGCAACAAAAGCGUGGUCCCAAGUUCUACAUGCUCUGGGAAACGGACACCAGUCGCGAGCAUAUGCGUCGCAUACAUGAUCCAGUCUCUGCGCCCAAACGUGACCUUCCCGGCCAUGCCGAGUCCUACAAUCCGCCACCGGAGUAUCUGUUUGACGAGAAGGAAGCCAAGUUGUGGCUCAAACUCAAGGAUGAGCCGCACAAGCGCAAGCUGCACUUUAUGCCCCAGAAGUUCAAGUCCCUGCGAGAGGUGCCCGCCUACUCCCGCUACCUGCGAGAGCGUUUCCUGCGCUGUCUGGAUCUGUACUUGUGUCCGCGUGCCAAGCGCGUCAAGCUGAACAUAGAUGCAGAGUAUCUAAUACCCAAACUGCCUUCACCACGCGACCUACAGCCAUUCCCCACAGUGGAGAGUCUCGUCUAUCGCGGACACACAGAUCUGGUGCGUUCCGUCAGCGUGGAGCCCAAGGGCGAGUACAUGGUCUCGGGCUCCGAUGACAAGACUGUCAAGAUCUGGGAAAUUGCCACGGGCCGUUGCAUACGCACAAUUGAGACGGACGAUGUGGUCCGCUGUGUGGCCUGGUGUCCGAAUGCUAAGCUAUCCAUUGUGGCGGUGGCCACAGGCAGCCGCUUGCUGCUCAUCAAUCCCAAGGUGGGCGAUAAGCUGAUCAUUAAGAAAACCGAUGACCUGCUCGCCGAGUCGCCCAGUCUGGAUGUCAUCGAGAACGAGCGCAUUAAGGCGGCUGUUCAAUGGUCCAAUGCCGAGCCGGAUGAACAGGAGAAGGGCGUCCGUGUGGUCAUCACUCAUUUCAAGCCCAUACGUCAGGUUACCUGGCACGGACGCGGCGACUAUCUGGCCACCGUGAUGCCCGAGGGCGCCAAUCGCUCGGCAUUGAUUCACCAGCUGUCCAAGCGACGUUCCCAGAUACCCUUUUCGAAGAGCAAGGGCCUCAUCCAAUGCGUGCUCUUCCAUCCCGUCAAGCCAUGCUUCUUCGUUGCAACACAACACAACAUUCGCAUCUAUGAUCUGGCGAAGCAGGAGCUGAUCAAGAAACUAUUGACCAACUCCAAGUGGAUAUCGGGCAUGUCUAUACAUCCAAAGGGCGACAAUCUGCUGGUCUCCACCUACGACAAGAAGAUGCUCUGGUUCGACUUGGAUCUGUCCACGAAACCGUAUCAAACAAUGCGACUGCAUCGCAAUGCCGUCCGCAGUGUCGCCUUCCAUUUGCGGUAUCCACUGUUCGCCUCUGGCAGCGAUGACCAAGCGGUUAUUGUCUCUCAUGGCAUGGUCUACAAUGAUUUACUGCAAAAUCCUUUGAUUGUGCCGCUCAAGAAACUGCAGACACACGAGAAGCGCGAUGAGUUUGGCGUCCUGGACGUUAAUUGGCAUCCGGUGCAGCCUUGGGUCUUCUCCACCGGCGCCGAUUGCACCAUCCGGCUGUACACGUAAUCCGUGCAACGUGUGGCAUGUGGAAUGUGACAUUUUUAGUUUUAAGCGCUCACUUGUAUGGAGAACUUGCGAUAGUAAAGAAUGUAUCUUAUUGAAAGUCAACACAAAA